CUGCUUUCACUCUCACUGUCCAGCUUUCUCUCCUCUCUGUUGUUUCUUUGUGGAUCUGUUGAGAAGCUGGAAGAUGUUUGUCUGCUAAGGAGCGGCUGCAGCCUAGCUAAGGAUGUCUGAUAAUGGGGAGGUCGAGGACAAGCCCCCUGCUCCGCCCAUGAGGAACACCAGCACCAUGAUUGGCUCCUGCAACAAGGACCCCGCCCCCCUCAACCACGGCUCCAAGCCCCUCCCACCAAACCCGGAGGACAAGAAGAAGAAGGACCGUUCCAUCCGCUUCAUCCUGACGGGGGGGGGCGAUAAGACCUAUAAGAAGAAGGAGCGUCCAGAGAUUUCUCUGCCGUCUGAUUUUGAACACACCAUCCAUGUGGGCUUUGAUGCUGUCACCGGGGAGUUCACU